UGAAGUUCCAAGCCAAAUGGCCAGACAGGUCUCCUCUGUGAAGUUGUGUAAGAAGCCUCUGAGGAAAAAAGUUCUCUUCCUACCUGAAGAAAGAACCGAGAAAAGGAAUAAGCGGGGAGUGUCACCCCAUAGACCACUGUUCAGAGAAUCUUCAAGUUAAACUCACAUCUGAUGUAACAGAACCAACCGGUACCUCUGUUGUCCCCUAGUGAGACAACUUGCCAAAAUGUCCAGUUCAAAGGCUCCUUAGUUCCCUCUGACUGUGAAGUAAAGACAUUUGUAGAUGGAAGCCACCAUUAGUCACCUGCAGUCUUCAGAGAAACCACACAAAGGAACCUGUAACUGUAAUGACUCCGGGAAGGCGCUUAUCACAACCCAGACGGUCAGCUCAAGAAACCCCCCUCCGCUUCAGACAAACUAUACAGAUGUGGUCAGUGUGGUGAGAACUUCAGAACUCAGAACUAAUGCUUCAUCAGAGAGACCGCCUGAAAGGAAAAGCCUGUGGGUGUGAGCCUUGUGGGACAGGCUUCGCCAGGAGCCUGUCUGCUGCCCAUCCAGCGGUCCCCAUGGAUGGGAAACCUUUCAAGUGUGACAGGUGUGGGAAGGGCUUCACCAGGAGCUCAAGUCUGCUCGUCCAUCACGCUGUCCACACAGGUGAGAAACCGUACAAGUGUGACAGGUGCGGGAAGGGCUUCAGCCAGAGCUCCAAGCUGCACAUCCACCAGAGAGUCCACACCGGGGAGAAGCCGUACGAGUGUGAGCAGUGUGGCAUGAGCUUCAGUCAGCGGUCAAACCUGCACAUCCACCAGCGUGUCCACACGGGAGAGAGGCCCUACAAGUGUGGGGAAUGUGGGAAGGGCUUCAGCCAGAGCUCUAACCUCCACAUCCACCGGUGCGUCCACACGGGAGAGAAACCCUACCAGUGCUGUGAAUGUGGGAAAGGCUUCAGCCAGAGCUCAGACCUUCGAAUCCACCUCAGAGUGCACACUGGGGAAAAGCCCUACCACUGUGGCAAGUGCGGGAAGGGCUUCAGCCAGAGCUCCAAACUCCUCAUUCAUCAGCGAGUGCACACCGGAGAGAAGCCCUAUGAGUGCAGCAAGUGUGGGAAGAGCUUCAGCCAGAGCUCCAACCUGCACAUCCACCAGCGGGUUCACAGGAAGGACCUUCACUGAGUAAUGAGUCCGCUCAGGGGUUCAGGAUACUUUUAUUGUGAAGAUAAAUGUUUCAUGGCCGAGGGCACGGAUCAGUGGUCGAGUGCUUGCCUUGCAUGGAUAAAGCCCUGGGUUUGAGUUCCAGUACCCACCCCACAAAACUUCCAGCUUAAUACUUUGUACUUGAAGGAGUGUGUGUGUUCAUGUAGAGAGGAUUACGCGUGCUGUGCAGGUAUGUGCAUGCAUGUCUGCACAUGUUUGUGGAGGUCAGAGGACAUCUGAGGUGCUCAGAUGCUUGUCACCUUUUCGUUUGAGACUGGGGUCGGUCACUUGUGGUAUGGAAUGUCACUGAGUAAGCUAGGCAGCGAGUUCCAUGGAUCUACCUGUCCCACUUCUCAGCUCACCCUGGCUAGGAUUACGCGUUGUGAUACCACACCCAACUUUUGUCUGUGGAUUCCGUCUCAGGCUUGCAGGACAAGAGCUUUACUGACUGAGCUAUCUCCCCAUGCCCCGGCUUGAAUGCUUUUGACUCUUACCUUGUAUUCCUCGAAAGACAGAGAUAGUAAGGGUUAUUCAGAUGUAAUCCCUCACAGGAAAAAAAAAAAUCAAUCCUUCAUUAAAAGUAUCUGAGCACCCAGCACAUUUCAUGUUCUACAAUGAAUGGAUGAUUCUGGUUUCUCAGAUGGGUAGAGUGUACACUGCAAUUCUGCUAGUGUUGUUAGAAGUAUAUUCCACAAUUUUAACUGAAAGAACUUUGUAUUUUUCCAAGCACAGUAUGUUUCCCUUGUUCAUAUUCUCUGAGAAAUUGAAUUCACAUUUCCUUUCAAAUUAUGUGCCUAGUUUUUCAUACUCCUUUUAAGUCCUAAAUAGCCCUCUCUAAACUGUCCAUUGGAAGGUGGGAUGGGGAACUUGAAGGUAUAAUGGACAUGGAGAUCUGUUGUGUUUAAUACAAAAAUGUACAUCAGUUUAUGGCCACACUACAGGAAAUGCUUCUCCAUAUACUACUGUGAGAGGAAGUUCAGUCAGCCCCUCUUCAGGCAGCUCUUCAGAAAUGUAAAUAAUGUUUUUACACAGUGAAGUUAGUUUUUGGGGGAUACUUCCAUAGUAAAAACAAGGGAGAAAUCCCCAAAACAACAUAUCCAAAGUAGUUGGGAGAGUAAAGCUAGCAUUGAGUGCUACUGAGAACAGGUGAUCCGGCAGAAGUUCUGAGGCAGAACUGGAGAAAGCUGGUACAUGAGGAACAUGUGGCAGCCAAUCAGCAGAGGCUGCAGAAACAUCUUGUUAAAGACUUGAUAAGUUAAAACUUGCUGCUGGAGAAAGUACUGAUGCCAUGCCUUUGUUGAACAGGUCUAAUUUGCAGGACAGUGCUAAAACACUAGGGACCGUUUAUUUAAAGACCACAGCAGUCAUGAGAACAAGAGGACAUCAGCAAGUGAGAGCUCAGCAAAAACUUCCAGGCUGGAAGAUGGGUGGGUGGGCACUGUGCCCGUACAGAAGCGGGCUCGGUUUAUGCAACUCACACAGAAGAUAAGGAAAAGAAAGAUCCAUUUGGUUUCAGGCCAAGAAUCUUUCAGGCCAAAGAUAAAUUUGGUUUUCAGGCUUAAUAAAAUGAAGGAUGGGAAUGAAGCAUGAUGGGAAAGCCGUGACACCAAUGAUCCCUUGUGGGACAUUCCCUUCAUUCUGUGAAUACAUGUUCUCUUCUGUAGCCA